CAAAUAGUGAUGUGAAGUUUUUUUACAAAAACACGAAGAAGUACAUUCAGGGUAAAAUGAGCUUACUACAAAAUUUCAAGGGAACUUCGACACAAAUGGUGGCAGCCAUAUCGGGUACACUAUUCGCCAUUUCCGAUGGAAUGACAUAUGGAUGGACAGCUCCUUUCAUCCCCUACCUUAUCAGCGAUAAAAGCCACAUAAAAACGACAAAACAUGAAGCCGAAUAUCUAGAAACUGCCUUGCUACUCGGUUCUUUCUGUGGUUUGCCGAUAACAAUAUACCUCGUAGACAAAAUUGGUAGGAAGAAAUCCCUGCUCCUAGCUUCUUGCGUAGUUCUGCUGGCUUGGAUCGCAAAAGCUUUCGGUAACAAUAUAUGGUACUUCUUCGUGGCCAGAUUCUUCUGCGGAAUGUCUGGCAACAUGGCAUUCGUGGCUGCACCAAUGUACAUUGCGGAAAUAGCAGACCAGAAAAUCAGAGGCUUCCUAUCUAGCAUAAUUUACAUCAUGAUGUUGUUGGGGUGCCUGAUCGUCUACAGUGUUGGCCCCUACUUGCCAUACUAUAUCCCAUCGAUAAUAGGUGUCAUCGUAGCAGGCACUGAACUACUCAUUUUCUCACGAGUGCCUGAAUCACCACUUUAUCUCCUGUCGAAGAAUAAACCAGAGCGAGCACUUGAGUCGCUGAAAUAUUUCAAGCCAUACACGAACGCUACAAAAGAAAUGGAUGACUUGGUGGAAGUUUUGAGGGAACAACAAAAGAACAAAGGAAAAUUUUGGGAUUUGCUGACUGUAUCGAGCAACCGUAAAGCCAUCUUGAUAAUGACAGUGCUGAACGCUGGACAACACUUAUGCGCCUACACAGUCAUCUUAAUGAAUCUGCACCUCAUUCUUGAAGCUGCUGGUUCAAUUUAUAUGGACCCUCCAAUUGCAGCUAUUCUCUUCGCUACACUCAUGUUACUCGCAGCUAUGUUCGCCUCUUUCCAGAUCGACAACUACGGAAGGAAAGUGUUACUUAUUUUCUCCAGUGUUCUCACCGCUUUGUGCCUUCUGAGCAUUGCUGUUUACUUCAACUUGAAGCAGAUGGGUGUUGAUGUGGAUGGUGUGAGCUGGAUACCCAUAGCUUCUGUUAUGGUUUAUGGAGCCGUUUUCAAGAUAGGUAUCGGACUGGUGCCCAUCGUGGUGACUGCUGAAAUAUUCCCGACUGACCUGAAAGCCAUAGGAAUGACUCUAUCGGACGCUAUGUUCAUUCUGGGAGGAAUAGUUGGGUUGCAGCUUUAUCAGUGGUUGAGUGAUUCGUAUGGCUUGUAUGUGUCGUUCUACUUGUUUGCUGCUUGCGGAUUUUUCAUUGCACUUUUCACUAUAUUUGUUGUACCUGAAACCAAAGGUCGGUCACUGGAUGAGAUCCAGGCUAUUUUGAAAGGAGAGAAACCGCCAAGACUUAAUAAUGGGUCUAAUAGAAUGGACCAACCCGAAUGAGGGUGAUCCAGGAUCAAGUAAUGACGUCCGUGACAAACACCAUAUACAGGGUGUCAGUGAAUAAGUGCAACAAACUUUCUUGUGAUAGUUCAGAAAAUAAAGUUUAUAUAACCAUGU